GCCAAGAUACUACCUCGUUGAUACUUGAACCGGAACUUUGAUACUCAACUGUGUAUCGCAUUUAAAAAAAAGGAGGAUGGAAUUGUUUUCGGAAGUAUGUACACCAGAGCAAAGGUGUCUGUCUUUAGGAAGAACUUGUGAGGAAUUGGUCGAACUCCGUGAAAAACUACGGGAGUGGCUGAUAGCAUGUCCAUAUCUUCCUCAAGAGAUAACUGACCAAAAAUUGGAAAUACUUCUGCUGAACUCAAAAUUGAGUAUAGAACGAGCAAAGGAACUUGUAAAUAUGCACUAUACUUUGAAGGCCAAUUUACCUGAAAUUUUCACUAAUAGAGAUCCGGUUUCUAUAAUCAACGCUAAACUUCUUGAUUACUUGUCUUUUGCUAUCCUGCCAAAAUUAACACCAGAGAAAUAUAGAGUCUUCAUAACACAAGUCAGGAUUCAAGACAGCAAAGAGGACUUCGAAAUAAAUGUUUGGGAUUAUCAUAAGUACAUUUAUAUGAUGGUUGAUAUGCGAAAUACGGUAGAUGUGUGUAUGGGAGAUAUUUACGCUUUUGACCUUGCAGGAGCGCGAAUGAACCAUUUCCUCUCUUUUACGCCAUCCGUACUGAAGAAGAGUGAAAUGAUUGUCACGAAAGGCUAUGGUGCAAAAAUAGCAGGAAUUCAUUUCAUCAAUGCUCCUAGCUCUAUGGACUUUUUCAUCAAUGUGCUCAAGGCUACAGUAAAAGCAAAAAUUUUUGAAAGGAUUAAAGUUCAUUCAUCUCUUGAGUCUUUUUACAACUACGUACCAAAAUCCAUACUACCUGCGGAUUAUGAUGGUGACGAAAUUUCCAUGGCUGAAAUUCAAAAGAAGUGGCACAAGAGUAUGAUAGAAUGGACAGAUUGGUUUAAGAAAGAAGAAGCUCUUGUCCCGAAUGAAUCUCUUCGACCUGGACCAUCAGUCAACCCAGACAACCUUUUUGGAACUUAUGGUUCUUUCAGACAGUUAGACGUCGAUUAAGCUCUUGUAAUUUGUAAAAAAUAAACAUUAGGGACUAACUAAAUCAAUCGAUUUCAAGAUAGCAGGAAGAUAGACUAAUGUUAAGAGUUGGCGAUUUACAAAUUAUUUUCAAUCCUUACAUUAAAUAAUAUGAUAG